AUGGCAAGUCAUAAGCCGUCGGAAUUUCAGUUAAUAUCAACUGCUAACAGAAGACUCCAUUCUUCAGCUAAAUCCUCAAAGUUUAGUCCAAUAGCAAUGGCUGAUCAAUCCGGUAUCAACCUCCAAAUAUGUAUAGGAGGCUCAGAAUUGAGAUAAUUAGCCCAGUCGCUCUUCAUUAGCAGCUAAAUUCGACACUAAGCAAGCAAUAAAUAGAACUUAGAUAUUAUGGACAAGUCUAUGAAAAAGCGAUGA